AUGGCUGCAACAGCUUCAAGGUUCAUCAAGUGCGUGACAGUCGGGGAUGGAGCUGUAGGCAAAACUUGCAUGCUCAUUUGCUAUACAAGCAACAAAUUCCCCACGGACUAUAUUCCAACAGUGUUUGAUAAUUUCAGUGCAAAUGUGGUGGUUGAAGGCACGACAGUCAAUUUAGGCCUCUGGGACACUGCAGGUAUAUGUUUAAACACACUUUUCAAUUUCUGUAUAUAUUUACAUUUUUAUAUAGAGAGGGGCUAA